AGCAUCGCCGCAUCGUUCGUUUGCUUGUUCAGCGCUAUUCACCUGUGUGAAAUGGAUAUCACGCCAAGCGUGCAGCAGCUAUUGUCAACGAUGUCUGCGAUGGUGACCACACAGUAUGCGGAGCAACAUGUGCCAGAACACAGCCAAAUGAGCGAGCAACGCAGUACAGGCUGUGAGUGGACGGCGGGAGAAACAAAGCUGUUGCUCGAGUACUAUCAGCAGUAUUUUUCCCAAAUAGGGCCGAUGAAAAAAUUUAAAAAUAAAAAGGCAAUGUUUGCCAAAAUAGCGGCCGACAUUACAGAGGCUGUCGGGGUCCCUAAAACAGGUGACCAGUGCUGCAGCCGCUACAAAACAGUCAUGCGACGAAAAAGAAGCGCUGCAGCACAUAACAGCAAAUCGGGGAAUUCUCCUUGCGAUGUUCCUUUUGAAGAUGACAUAGCCAAAAUACGCUGGCUAGAUGACAGCCUUCAGCCAGAAGAGCUCAGGGACAGCUCUGGAAUAGUCUCUAUAAAAAGACCGCCCAGACAAGCGUCGACGAGCCAAUCGUCGACAAGCCAAGCAUCGGGGAGCCAGGAGUCUACCAGCACAACGAAGGAGCCUGAGCCCAAAAAGCCGAAACCCUCGGCUUCUAGAUUACUGGAAAUGAAUCACUUCUUUGAUGAAAUGAGGAAAAUUCAGGAAAAAAAAGAAAAAAAACGAACUGAACGCGAGAAUGAAAGAAGGAAGCGCCAUGAAGAGAGGCAAGAGCAGAAGGAGCGCAUUCGGCAAGAAAAAGCAAAACAGCACGAAGAAAAAAUGAAGCUUUUGAGCCGCUUUCUUGGCUUAGACACUGAUGAAUAAUUUCAGUGGCCUAAAAUACUAUUAGCUAGUUGAAAUAAAAUGUGCAGUGCAAAA